AUGGCGUGGGCCGCCCUCAAUGUCUGCCAUGUGCAUGUGGGACUCUUCCCGGGGGCAUGCUGCCAUGCGCAGGCGGGCGGACGGACGGACGGACAUACUAACAGACAGGGGGUGACAGAGGGGGAGGGGGCCGGGAUGAUGGAGGCCAAGGAGGAGCCGCGAGACUGCCUAGACCAGAGCAGGGCCAAAAACCGAAGCAUGUGGCCGUGGGGAAGUCAUGGGCAGAGACAGGGUGAUUGGACACAAGUGCCGCAGUGCAGUGGCGAGGGUGACAGAUGGAGACCAACAAACUUGGUGCUCAAGCACGUAACAUGUCCGAACUAG